CUGUUUAAAUGCUUCACGUAAACUGAGAUGCUGUAUCAGGAACUAUAGCUGGGCUGCUGCUGGAGGGGCACGCAGAAUGGCUAGAUUGAAGGUUUCCAUCCACAGAACAGGCUCCAUCCAGUAGGCUGCAAAGGCCCUAGGGGGGCGUGUCGACAGUCACCGUCACCUGGGAGGACAGGCGAGCAGAGGUGGGCCAGCAGGGAACAUACAAGCUGCCCAUGCCGACUGUGUAUGAAGCUGGGAAGCAGUACACGGGACCUGAGUCCACAGAGAGACCCCUUUCGAUGUCCCGGCAUGAGACCUCUCCGACGACGGUGCAACCGGCUGGCAACCACCGCCCCAAUGCCUGCUGCUUCUGCUGGUGCUGCUGCUGCAGCUGCUCGUGGAACGAAGAUCGGGAGCGAGCGUGGCGGGCGUCUCGAGACACCAAACUGGAGACCAUUCCAAACUGUGAAGCUUGCCUCAAGCCAACUCCCGACGAAGUGCAGGGCUGGGCCCAGUCGUUCGACAAGCUGAUGAAGAACCCAGCGGGCAGGAACGUGUUCCGGGAAUUCUUACGGACUGAGUACAGCGAGGAAAACAUGCUCUUUUGGUUAGCAUGUGAGGAACUCAAAAACGAGUGCAACAAGCACACCAUCGACGAGAAGGCCAGGAUGAUCUACGAGGACUACAUCUCCAUCCUCUCGCCCAAAGAGGUGAGCCUGGAUUCCCGGGUGCGCGAAGUCAUCAACAAGAAGAUGCAGGAGCCCUCGACGCACACCUUCGACGACGCGCAGCUACAGAUCUACACCCUCAUGCACAGAGACUCCUAUCCCCGCUUCCUGAACUCUGCCAUAUACAAAGCGCUGCAGCAGAGCGUCUCGCGGUCGUCCUCGGAGUCCUAAGCGCCUGCCACCCUCGGCCCGUGGCAACACCACAAACAGUUCUUUUUGUACACCGGUGUCG